UUAGAAGAGUGUAAUAAAGAAAAAAAAUCCUUGCAAGAUAAAAAUAAAAAGCUCGAAGACGAAAUUAACAAGUUAAAAGAAGAAUUAAAAAAAUGUAAAGAAAACCAACCAAAAGAAGAUCUUGUAAAAGAAAACAAAGAACUAAAAGAACAAUUGGAAAAAUGCGAACAAGAAAAAAUGCCUUUAGAAGAAGCAAAUAACGAAUUGCAAAAAGCAUUAAAAAAAUGUGAUAAAUAUUACACAGCCCUUGAUAAAAAAGCUAAUGUUAUUUUAGAUAACUUUAUAGUUCAAUAUGAAAGUACUAGUGAUCUAGAAACUAAAAUAGAUAAAAUCGGCACAGUUAAAACUUUAAAAGAUGAAAACGAAACCCUUAAAAACGAAAACAAAAAUCUACAAAACAUCGACGAAAAAUGUAAAAAACUAACUGAAGAAAACGAAAAACUCGUAAAAGAAAACAAAGAAAUAACAGAGAAAAAUGAUGAACUUGUUCUUACCGUACAUAAAAAUCUCCUAAACAGAUAUAGACAACUGAACAAAGGAAUAACAGAAUCAUUGGAAAAUUUAGAUAAAAAAUUUGAUAAUUAUAAAUUAAAAAAAGAAAACGAACAAAUAGAAACUGAAAAUAAUCAAAUUUUAAAAGAUAGUCAAUACGAAAACCUAUUAAAAACGAAUCAAGAACUACAAAAAGAAAAUGAAGAACAAAUAGUAAAAGAAAUUGAUUUAGAAAGAAAUCAAUAUGAAGAAAAACAAAAAAUAUUUGAUAUCUUGAAUGAAAAAAUAGAUAUCAUUUUAGCUAAUUUUAAUUUUGAAAUAUUGUUUCCACUAAACGAUACUUUAGAAAAAAUGGAAAAAAUUAAUCUAGAAUAUGAUUACAAUUCCUUGGAAAGAACUUUAAAUAAUAUAUUAGAACAAAUCGAAAAAGAAAAAGAAAUUAAUAUUGAAACACAAAAAAGAGUAGAAAUAUUAAACCAAAAGGCUAAUAUUGUAAUACAAAUGAAUUUCUCGUCAGAAAAAAUUAAAGAAAUUCAAAAACUCAUCAAUAAAAUACGAAAUGAAAAUAAACUCUUGUCAAAAGAAAAAGAAGAAUGUGAAAAAAAAGACUUUAAUAAUCAACAAAUUAUUAAUGAAAAUAAUCACUUAAAAGAACAAGACUUUGAAAACAAAAUACAAGAAAAAGUACAAGAAAUUGGAGGAGUUAAAAGAACACUUAGUGCUUUUAUUAAACAUAAUAGUUUUGAAUUACAUAAAAAUUUUAUAAAUAAUGCUCUAAAUAAUUUUAAAAUAAUCUAUAAUGAAACAGAUUCAUUAGAGGAAAAAAUGGAUCUCAUUAUAGAAUUUAGCAAAAACAUUCAACAAUAA